AUGCCAUCUCCGCCGCCUUCACUCUCAUCGCUAUGCCGCUGCCUGUGCUUCCUCCUGACCAUCCUCUUCCUGCUCUCCUCCGCGCGCAGCAGCCUGGAGGAGGCCAGGGCCCUUAGCGUCGGCGAUGAGCUGGUGGGCGAGACCAUCCCGCUUCGCUACGGCCGGAGGCUCUACAGGCUCGCCGAGCUACGGCCGCCCGCGUGGUACGAAAUCAAGAUCUCCUACCCGACCUCCAUACCGUCCAGCUUCUCGAUUCGCCUCGUGAACGGUCCUAAUGCCGUUGAGGAUUUGGGGAGUAAGAACAGGAGGUUGCUCAACACGGAGAAGAUAAUUUUCAAGGCUGAGAGGACCAGGCCGGUUUAUGUUCUUGUCAUGGUGGAGCCUGAGGGUGUGGUUGCAAAGCCAAAUGUGCCAGAGCGAGAGCUUGCCCUGUUCAACAUUGUUUGCGACGAACUUUUGCUCGGGAUCCCACAUUUUGCCUGGUGGGUGGGAACUGCAGCAUUAAUUUGCAUUGUGUUGGCAUCAAUAGCACCAUAUUUCCUCCCGCUGCACAAGCUACUUAACUGUGAAGCUGCAGAAUUGAGCAGCGUUGAUGCAGCUAAGCUUUCCUGA